AUGGCGAUAGCCACCGUGAGUGCAACGAGUGACCCAGCUCAACAAAUUAUUUUAUAUAAGGAAAAAACGUCGGGGCCAAUUGGAAUUAUGACAACUAGCGCCGGAGCACCUAUUGAGUACAAGGACACGAACACCCUAAAUACUCGUUUAAUAUUUAAUGAAUUUUUUAUGGAUUCUAUGACACAUCUAGUUCGCGAACGUAUACCUGAACGUAUAGUGCAUGCAGUGGCCGGUGGAGCUUUUGGAUAUUUCGAAGUCACACAUGAUAUCACACACAUUUGUAAAGCUAAAUUGUUCAGUAGAGUUGGUAAAAAAACACCAAUAGCAGCCAGAUUCUCUCCAGUUGUUGUGGAAAGAGGUGGAAGUGAUACUUCAAGAGAUGCACGAGGAUUUGCUGUGAAAUUCUAUACGGAAGAUGGAAACUUCGAUAUCGUAGGAUUUAAUACACCUAUGUAUGUAUACAAUGACCCAAUAUUAUUUCCUACAUUUGUAAGAGCUCAAAAGAAGAACCCAGCAACGAAUUUGUAUGAUGCAAAUACUCUUUGGGAUUUCUUAACACUUCGACCCGAAAGUUUUCAUAUGUUUUUAUUGGUGUUUGGAGAUCGCGGUAUACCAGACGGAUAUCAUCAUAUGCCUGGGUUUGGUAUUCAUACUUUUGAAGUCAUUAAUGAACACGGAGAGAAGCAUUUUAUUAGAUUCCACUUCAUGCCAGAUGCAGGAAUAAAAAAUUUGCGAACGGAACAAGCAAGGAAAAUAAGUGCUGAAGAUGCUGAUUAUAAUACAAGAACAUUAUACAGAUCUAUUUCUAAUGGAGAUUUUCCAACUUGGAGUGUAAGUAUUCAAGUACUUACAUUAGACGACGUUAAAAAUGCUAGAAUUAAUGUAUUUGAUGUUACAAAAGUUUUACCUAUAGAUGAGUAUCCACUGAGACCCUUAGGAAAGAUGGUGUUAAAUAAAAAUGCAGUAAAUUACUUUGCUGAAAUCGAACAAUUAGCAUUUAAUCCAGCUAAUUUAGUGCCAGGAAUUUUAGGCGGACCUGAUAAAGUGUUCGAAGCAAGAAGAUUAGCUUACAGAGAUGCCCAGUAUUAUCGUUUAGGGGCUAAUUUUAAUAGGAUACCCGUGAAUUGUCCUAUACAAUCGAAAAACUUGGCUUAUAACAGAGAUGGAAAGCCGCCUGUGAAGGACAAUGGCAAGGAUGCCCCCAAUUAUUAUCCUAAUUCCUUUAAUGGACCGGUUCCGUAUGAAGAUCAUAAAAGAGGAGAACUGUUGAGAAUUUACGAAGAAGAUGCUAACAAUUUUGAACAAGCGACAGAAUUGUAUGUGAAUGAAAUAACAACGGAGGAGCGUAGUAGAUUAGUCGAAAAUGUGCUAUACAGUUUGGGACCUGCCGCUAAGUUUCUCCAAGAAAGGGCGGUCAAAAUAUUUUACAUUAUUCAUCCGGACCUCGGUAGUAGAAUAGAGCAAGGAUUACUUGCUAAUAGUUCAAAGCAUUAUUGGAAUGAUUAUUAAGGAUAUUUUUGUAUUUUAUUAGUAUUACUAGCUUUUGCCCGCGGCUUCGCACUCGUUUAUUUCGGUUUAGUUUAAUAGAUGUUAUUAUACAUAUAAACCUGAAUCUUUAAUCACUCUGACAAUUCAA